AUGGCAGACGGUAGCACCGUACGACCCAUGCCGCGGCUGUUUGCAGUCAUGCAACUUCUCCCAGCCUGCCGAUCGCAGCACGAUGGAAGGGCAAACGGCUUGCGGGAGGCGUUGCAGCUUCUCUCAGAUGCGCGCAGCCGGCGCAGCUUCACGCCCCGCUUGGCCACAGCUGCUCUGGCGAGACUGGCCAAGCAUGGCCAGAGCCAGGCGGCAGUCCAAGUACUUAGCUGGAUGCAAGAGCAGCAGCUCGAAGUCAAUGCCUACCAUUGCUCGGCCACGCUGUCUGCUUGCGCAACCACUGGGGAGUGGCAGCUGGCAUUGCACUUGCUCACCGAGUCCGCCGUAUCGGAAGUGAGUUACAACUCGGCCCUGGACGCUGUCCUGAAGGGUGGGCAGUGGGAGCUCGCUUUGGAGCUCUUCGUGUUGAUGAGAAGUUGGCGGCUGCAGCCAGACGCGGUGAGCUGCAGCGGGGCCUUGGCGGCCUGUGGGGCGUUGAGCCGCUGGCAGCGCGGCCUGGCCUUCGUCAGCGGUUUGAUCCCGGACGAGGUCGUUUUCACGGGCUGCAUGAGCCUCAGCUCGUGGGGCUUGGCUUUACGGUACUGGCAUCUCUUGGCCGAGAAGACGAGGCCGAAUCAGAUCAGCUGCAACUCGGCCGUGAAGAACAUUUGGCCGGCCUCUGGGGCGUUGCUGAUCUCCAUGGCCGAGUGGCGGCGCCACCCGGACGCCUGGACGCGGGCCGCGCUCAUGUCCAGGGAGUGGGAAGCAUCGCUGCAGGUCUUGCGUACGGACGGAACGAGAGCCGGAACGGACGGAACGGACAGAGCGGACGAGGUGGUCUUCAACGCGGCCAUGGACCUUUUGCCCUGGGAAUCCAGUCUUCAGCUCAUGGACCACAUGAGCGCCGCUAGGCCGAAGCCCGGCAAGGUGACCUUGACGGCCGCGGCUUUGGCCUGCGCGACACGCUGGGAAUCUGUGGAGAUGCUGCUGGAGAUGCAGAGACUUCAAAUCCGCUCCGACGUCUUCGCCUUCAACACGGCGCUGAGCUGCGAGCGUUGGCAGCGGGCCCUGGCCAGGCUUUUUUGCAUGCCCAUGGUUCAGCAGUGGCCUGACGAGAUUAGCUACAGCGCUUGCGUCAGUGCCAGCGAGAAGUCAUCGCAGUGGCGCUGGGCGACCAACAUCCUCGACAGGUUCCACGCAACAAAGAUCGCAGCAAAGCAGAUUGCCCUGAACGCUGCCCUCAGCGCAUGCGAAAAGAGCCUGCAAUGGGCUCUGGCCAUCAAGAUCCUCUGCCAGAUGCGGCACUGCCGUUCCGCUGACGGGGUCUCCGUGGGCGCUUCAAUCAGCGCCUGCGAGAAGUGCUCCCACUGGGAGCGAUCCCUCGCCCUUCUCAAUGCCGAAAGCGGCGCCAUCAGCUAUGGUGCGGCGAUCAGUGCUUGCGAGAAGGGCCGCCAGUGGCAGCUCGCCUUGCGCCUCAUGUCCCUCAUGGGCCAGUGCCAGGCGUCCACCGACCAGAUCACCUACAACGCAGCCAUGAGCGCUUGCGAGAAAUGUUCCCGUUGGCGGCCGGCAGUUCAGCUGCUGGGUGCCAUGUCGUUCUCGGAUUCGGGCGCCUUCAACGCGGCCAUCGCCGCCUGCCACAAAGGACAGCUUGCGCUGGCCCCGGCGGCCAGCAGAUACAGCUUUGGCGCUGCCCUCACCGCCUUGAGAAGCGGCCACUGGAAUUUGGCUUUGGGCGCCUGGGAUAGGAUGCAGAGUCUCCGGCUCUCGCCGGAUGAGAGCAGCUGCAGCGGCGUCUUGAGCGCUUGCGUGCAGGGAAGCCGCUGGAAGUUUGCGACGCGGCUACUAGGUGACUUCGAACCACCGCACUUGCUUUUCGCGACGGUCAGCGCCUGCGAAGUCUCUGAUUCUCCGGCGCGGACCUUUGGCCUUCCGGGUGCCUUCCAAGCCUCGCAAGCUGCAGCCAAGCGCCUGAAAGCCACCCGAGAGCCGCAGGAAGCUGCUCGACUGCUGGAAUCCCUCCGCGACGAGGUUGAGGUCAAUGCGGUCCACUUCAACAUCGUGAUCUCCAAGAGCGACUGGGACCUGGCUGUGAGCCUGAUGCAGCGCAUGCAGCAGAUCUUCAUCUCGCCGAGUGAGGUCACCUUUGGAGCCGUGAUCCGGUCCUGCAGCAGGGCGCAGCAGUGGGAGAGGGCUUUGCACACGUUGGACCGCAUGGAGAACGCGAAGUUGGGCAACGAGAUCGCGUACAGCGCCGCCCUCAAGGGCCUCGACUGGGACCGCGCCUUGGCGUUGCUCGGUCGGAUGCCCCAAGUCGCGCUGCAGCCGGACCUCGUGUGCGUGAGCGCCGCGAUGAGCGCCUGUGCCUCCGCGGGCCAAUGGCUGGCCGCGAUGAAACUCUUCCAAGACGCAUCCGACGCAUCCGACGCGUCUCCGGAUCUCAUCUGCCUGAACACCUUGAUCAGCUCCUUGGAGCAGCAGGGUCUCUGGGAACAAGCUGUCACAACUCUGCGGGCAACGAGCACGCCAAGCACGAUCACUUACAAUGCCGCCAUCAGUGUUUGUGACAAGGCAGGACAAUGGCAGCUGGCUACUUACCUCAUGGGUGAAGCAGCGAGCAGGCGACUGUCACCUGGCGUCGUCACUUACAACUCCUGCAUCAGCUCCUGUCAGCAGAGCAGCUCUUGGGAGAUGUCUCUUCAUUUGUUAGACGAGAUGUCUACAGGCAGACUGGCUCCUGACGUGAUUUCUUUCACCUCGGUGAUCAGUGUAUGUGCUCAAGCCGGCUUGUGGCAGACGGCAACGCACGUGUUGCACCGCAUGCUACACAGGAGCAUCCCCCCCAACGACGUCACAUACAGCGCGCUCAUGGUGGCCUGUGCCAAGAGCGAGCAGUGGCAGAUGUCCUUGGUCCUCUUGGAAGACCUACGUCUAGGUGAGAGCGCCGCGAACGCGCUUCCGACUUCGCUUCCGACUUCGCUUCCGAGGUCCGUGAUCGUCUGCAACUCGGCGCUGAGCGCCUUGGAGAAGGGCCGGCAGUGGCACCUCGCGCUGCGGCUCCUGUGGCGGAUGCAAGCGGCGCGCCUGGCGGACGAGAUCUCGCGGAACGCGGCCAUCAGCGCCUGCGAGAAGUGCGGCCAGUGGCAAGCCGCGCUGCAGCUGCUGAAGUCGCAGGCGUCGCAGAACCAGGUGGCCUUCAAUGCCGCCAUCAGCGCCUGUGAGAAAGGUGGUCAGUGGCAAAUGGCACUGGAAUUGCUUGCAGCCAUGCCAGAUGCCCAGCUGUCUCCGGAUAGCAUCAGCGUGAAUGCGGCCAUCAGUUCCUGUGGCCCACGAUGGCAAACUGCGUUGGCGCUGCUACACAACAUGCACUCGAUGGAGGUGCAAGCUACAGUGGUGAGCUACAACACUGCCAUGAGUGCCUGCGAGAAGAGCUGCUGUUGGGAGAUGGUGCUUUGCCUCCUGAAGUCGAUGGAAUCGCCCAACGAGAUCUCUUUCACCGCUGCUCUGACCGCCACUGGCAAGGGCCAGCAGUGGCAGUUGGCACUGGACCUUUUUCACUCCAUUGCCAGCCCGGAUAGUGUUUGCUACACAGCCGCCAUCUGCGCCUGCGCAACUGAUGGAUACCUUUGGCGCCUCACCUUGGGCCUUCUUCAAAGCAUGAAAGAGCGGGGAUUGUUGCCGAGCGAAGUCACCUAUACGGCAGUCAUUAGCAGCCUCACGCAAUGGAAGUUGGCACUGAGCCUCUUGGAGGAGAUGCAGCAGUGCAAGGCGGUGCCGAAUGACAUCACCUACAGCUGCGUGAUCAACGCUUGUGCCAAGGCACAACAUUGGCUUUGUGCUCUCGAUUUGCUUAGCUCGCUGACUGCCGCUAAUCUCAUCGCGUACACUGGGGCGAUAGGUGCAUGUGAGGCCACCUGCCAAUGGCAAGCAGCCCUGGGUGUGCUGCAGCACAUGUCCGAGACGAGGGAGGCGACCGCACUGGACCAAGCCUUGCCCGUCACGUGGCUCCUUUUGGACUGGCUUUACCCGGACUGCCUGAUGUACUCCUUGGUUUGCACGCAGUUGCUUCGCCUGAUGCCCAAGAUCGAGAAGGCCGGGACGGAGGACUGGGAGCAACUGCAACUGGUGCAGCUCUUGGCUUGCACGACACCAGCGAAUCCGAAUUCGGUGCAUUGCGAAGAAGCUGGUUGA